AUGAAUCCCGGGUAUCAAGGAGCAGAUGAUACGAGUCAAGCUUUCUCGGAUACUUUCCUGUAUAGGAGUCUUGUGGGAGCACUUUUAUAUGUAGCUGUAAAUGCGAGGCCAGAUAUUGCAGUCAGUGUUUCAUUACUUGGUCGAAAAGUUAGUGCGCCGACUGAGAUGGAUUGGAAAGCUGCAAAACGUGUCGUGAGGUAUUUGAAGGGAACAAUGGAGGUUCGAUUGAGAUUCGAUCCAGGGAAGGAUUGGACAUUGGUCUGCUACUCCGAUGCUGAUUGGGCAGGAGAUCACGCAAGCAGGAGAUCUACCACUGGAUUUAUAUUUUUCUUUGGCAACGGUCCUAUCGCUUGGGUGAGUCGUCGUCAGACAUGUGUCAGUUUAUCUUCGAUGGAAGCGGAGUAUAUCGCGUUAAGCGAGGCGUGUCAAGAACUUUUGUGGCUUCGACGGUUGAUGGCAGAUUUCGGCGAGGAUCUAUCGAAAGCAACAACGAUUUUCGAAGACAAUCAAAGUUGCUUGUCAUUUGUAAAAGCUGAACGCACAAGCAAGAGGUCUAAGCAUAUAGAUACCAGACACCAUUUUGUGAAAGACAUGGCGGAAAGAGGCGAGAUUAAGUUGGUGUACUUCCCUACAGAGAAAAUGUUAGCCGAUGCAUUCACGAAACCAUUAGCGGCGACCAAAUUCAGACAGUUGGCAGAGAUGUCAGGAUUCGUGAUGAGCAAGUUCGGUGCUCGUUGA